CAGCAAUCAAUCUAUGUUGUAGGGAUUCCAGGCCUGAGCAGGGCAGGCUGUGAAUACCCUGGGGACCUGGUCUUAGGAUCUCCUCCUCGUGACUUCUAGUCCAUCCCAUCCCAGCAAUUUGCCACAAUUACUGAUGGAGGUCAUUUUGAUGGUGGAGGGCCAAUCGGUGGGCCUGUUGCUCCCAGAGGCUCCAAGCCUUGGAACAUUAAGCCCUUACCAUGCAGGUCCCGUUGCCAGGGCAACACAGAUGUCUCCUCCUGUCUAGCCACUUGUCUUCCACAGAGACUACGAAAUUUUUCUUCCUCAUCUACCUGGGGCUUCUGGGAGAAGCGGGAAGCCCUGUAGUCUUAGCACAGCGGGCUUUGGAGACCCCUGCGCUGCGCAGCGCGGCCGCGUGACUGAGGCGCGAUCUUCCACCCUCCUGCUCCAGGGCCUCUAGGCGGCCUCCAGAGUGGGCUCCACAGCUUGAAGGCGGCGUUUUUCCGCGGGUGGUCGCAGCGUCCGCAGAGUCGGAGAAAGUGAGCAGGCUCCGGCGGGACCCCAGAGUGACCGCGGGCGCCCUGGGCAGGCUGCGUCAGAGACUGCAAGAGUCAGCACACAUUCCUGUCUGAUCAGGCUCCCUCCCUCAAGUCCUCUGCGAUGGCUCUGGCGAUGCUUCAGGACUGGUGCAGGAGGAUGGGUGUGAACGCAGAGCGCUCUCUGCUCAUCCUGGAUAUCCCUGACGACUGCGAGGAACAUGAGUUCCAGGAGGCCGUGCGGGCUGCCCUGUCGCCCCUGGGCAGGUACCGAGUGCUCAUCAAGGUCUUCAGAAAGGAGCUCGGGGCCAGGGCAGCCUUGGUGGAAUUCGCUGAGGGUUUAAACCAAAGCUUGAUUCCCCGCCAAAUAGCAGGCAAAGGGGGACCCUGGAAAGUGAUCUCCCUGCCCCAGGCCCUUGAUGCUGAGUUUCAGGAUAUACCCAGUUUCCCUGCACAGCCCCAGGGGCAAGCAGUGGCCAGAGGUGCAGGUGAGGCAGGAGCUGCAGGUGAGGCAGGAUCUGUAGGUGAGGCAGGAGGUGUGAAUGAGGAAAGAUCUGCAGGUGAAGAUGAGGCAGGAGGUAUAGGUGAGGCAGGAGGUGUAGGUGAGGCAGGAGGCGCAGGUGAGGCAGGAGGUGUAGGUGAGGCAGGAGCAGCAGGUGAGGCAGGAGCAGCAGGUGAGGCAGGAGGUGCAGGUGAGGCAGGAGGUGCAGGUGAGGCAGGAGGUGCAGGUGAGGCAGGAGGUGCAGGUGAGGAAGGAGGUACAGGUGAGGAAGGAGGUGCAGGUGAGGCAGGAGGCGCAGGUGAGGAAGGAGGUGAAGAUGAGGCAGGAGCUGCAGGUGAGGCAGUAGGUGCAGGUGUGGUGGAGGCCUGGACCCAGUCAUGGCGCCAGACCCUGCGGCCUCUGGUGAAAACUAUGGCCUACCGGGAACUGAGACCCUUUUCCGGGAGGGAGCAGCCAGGCUGCGUGGAAGAGUCCUUUGAGAGCUGGUUGGAGGACGCCAAGGAUAUGCUGCAGCUGUGGUGCCACGCGUCGGAAAGGGAGAAAAGGAGGCGGCUGCUGGACAGCUUGGAUGGCCUGGCCCUGGAUAUCGUGAGCGGCCUCCUGGAGGAAGAUCCAGACUUCUCUGCGCAGGACUGCCUGACGGCGCUGGGGCAGGUGUUUAGGAGCCGGGAUACAUGGAUGACCUCGCGGAUGAAGUUCCUGACCUGCACGCAGGGGCCCCAGGAGGGGCUGUUUGCCUUCGUGGUGCGCCUGGAAGGCCUGCUGCAGAAGGCCGUGGAGAAGGGGGCCGUCCACCCAGCCAUGGCCAACCACCUGCGACUGCGGCAGGUGCUGUCUCGGGCCCGCCCCAGCGAGGCACUCCAGGAUACCCUGAGGAGGAUGCAGCUGGAGAGGAGGCCACCUGGCUUCCUGAGGCUGCUGCGGCUCAUCCGGGACAUGGAGGCGUGGGCAGCCUCCCUAGCAAGGAGCCAGCAGGGUGUGGCCUGGGCAGCGGCCCCAGUGGAGAGUGAAGACCCAGCUGCUGCUCAGGCCUCCCCAGCCCAGGGGGACGCCAGCGAGGCUGAUCCCGGAGCAGAAGAUGCUGAUGAGGCUGCUUCCGCCACCAAAGAGGCCGCCAGGGUUGCCCCUGCCACUGGGGAGGAUGAAAAUGCCCCUGCAGGCCUUGAAGGCCUAGGUCAGGGAAGGUCCCCCGAAGCCCCUGGGGGCCUCCCAGCCAGGAUGGGCAGUGCAGUCGACAUGGCCCCAGGAGGUCCCAGCUGGGAGCCAGAGGGCCUUGUCCAGGUUGGAGGCCACGAGGCUGAGGAGCCUCCCCAGGAGGGGCUCAAGCCCAUCUUAGAGGAGUCAGAAAACGAGGAUGAGGAUGGGGCUGGGGAGGCGGGCAAGCCCAAGUCCCCCCCGGGCAAAUAGGCUCUGAGGGCCCUGAGGGCUCCUCUCCUCUCAGGCAGCAGCACCCUGGAGGCAGACAGAGGCCAGGCCAGGGCCGGUCCCUCACCCCAUGUUGGGAGCUGUGCCUCCCACCUCCCCUAAUGGGCCCUGGCCACCACCACCAGCCCUUCCCAGUGACCCAGAUGACCACGUUUGAUACCAAAUGGGGAGCUGGCCUGGAGGGAGCCCUGAGCAGCCAGCCUGAAGAUGUCUGCCCCCCACCCCUUGUCCUGUGUUGGGAGAGAUGGGGGAAAGAGGCCCUCUCAAGGGUGACAGCUGCCUGCAUCUCCCAAGAGGUGGCCUCCACUUGCCAUCCCUGGGGCAGACUGCCCCCCGUUCCGGGAAGCCCACCCUCACCUCUGUAGGCCCCAUAGUGACCCACACGUCCGUACAGCAGACGCCCACUCACCCACCGCUAGCCAUUGUUCCUACACAAAGUUGUAUGCUGUGCGCCCAUCGGUGCGGCUGCCUCUGGGCCUGGGGCACAUGCUGUGAGCUUCCUGCUAGCCCAGGCUCUGCUAGCUGCUAUCUGUCCCUUGUCGUGAGCACCACCUCUGCUUUCCUGGUGUAGAUCUAGGUCAGGGGCUGCUUGUUCUCGUGGAGCUGUGUGUGUUCUUCUCUGAGCAGCUCCUCCCCGGAGGCCCCCAGCACAGUCCUGGGAGAUGGUGGAAGGAGGCGCCAGGGCACGAUGGACGCUCAUCCUGUGACUGCUAUGGUGAGCAUGACCACGAUGGUGCCCGUGACCAUGAUGGUGACCAUGACUGUGUGAGGAAGAACCGGACCUGGGACAGAGCAGAGCUGCCCUGCCUGAGGCUCCCCGGGGAGCUUUGUGCUUUGGCGUUCUAUUCCUGUUGUUACUUGUGACUCAGUUUCCUUGACUUGGGGGGGUGUUCCCUGCUGUGUUUUCAGUGUCCUGUGAGGGCUAUAGGGCAGGGCCCUGCCCCAGCGGAUGGGCUCGGGAGGGGGCUCCCUGAAGCCAGUGGACACUGCCAGAGUCCACCAUCCUGGCAAGAGGCGGACCCUGGGGCCCUCAGGAAGGAGGGAGGUGGCAGCAGGGUCGGCAGCAGGAGGUGGGGUAGACAAGGCGUCUUGCCAGGAACCCCAGGAGGAGGGGGCCCGGGACCUGUGUGGGACCUGUGUCCUGUGGUGGCCAUUUGCAGUUUCUCUCUGUGUUGUGAUUCCCUUCUCUUCAAUGGUUUCAGUACAUGUUUCUCUUCAAUAAACUUCAUUCAGUGUUCCA